AUGGUGUCAGAGGUGUUCUGUAAAGUAGGGGAUGGGGAGGAGGCCGUACCAAAGAAAGAAACCCUCAACAUUAUGAAUGCGGUUGAUCAGCUGCCGAAGCCCUUUCCAAACCCCAAGUUUAUGAAGCGAACCAUGGCUACCAAAGGCCUCCCACUUUCCUCGAGUCGGAGCUUGGUCAACUACUUGGAGGAAGAUACCAUCAAUCUUGUAAAACAGAUACCAGUAGAAGAUUCUGACUAUAGCUCGGAUGACACCAGUAUGUCCCCCAGAUCAUCCACCUUAUUGAACCCCAUCAAACUGGCCGUGACUCAGCCCAAUAGAAGCUUCUUUGCUGGGACGCUGGAGGGUGAGCUGAACAAACUGAGCUUAUCAUCGCUGACCAAGAAAACAGAAAAGGAGAACCUGACCAUCUGCCCUCGCUCAUCCAAGUCCCAAAUGGCUCCCAAGGGCCUAUUGGACUUUGACAACCCUGUGCUGGACACAGACACUUCCUCAACAUGCUCAGAAUCUUCUGUGGUCAUGAGUGUUCCAGAAACCCCCUUCAUCUGUGAACACACUGUUGGUGAUUCCACAGCCGAGAUUUCCUGGACCUAUGCUGUGGGCAAACAGCAGGUCAGCUUCUACCAGGUACUGAUGCAGGAGGCAGCCAAGCCAAAUGACAGCGAGAUACCCAAGGUCAAGAACUGCCCAUGGAUAUUCAACAAGAUCUUCGGCACCACUGUCAAGCUGACAGAGUUGAAGCCCAACACGAGUUACUGCCUCACUGUCCGUGCAGCCAACACAGCUGGGGUGGGGAAGUGGUGCAAGCCCUAUAAGUUUGCAACUGUGCCCACUGACUUCAACAGCUUCCCUGAGAACAACCCCAUCCAGGUCACUGUGCAGCGUAGACAACCUCAGCGGAGGACAGUGUCCAUGACAAUGGAGGAGAUGCGGAGGCUGGAGGAUCUAGAAUACCUACAUCCCUACUAG